AUGUCUACGGAUUAUCCGACAAAAGAGGUGGUGGAAACCCAAGCCGACUCGAAAGAUGUCCACCAUCACCACCAUUCUCUCAGCGAGAGAGUGCGCCACAGCAUCUCUGUGCAAUUCCUCGAUGAGAACACGGUUGAAGGCCAAAUCUUCUCCAUGAACGAUAUCGAUCCUGCUCUCGACAAGAAAAUGCGCCUCCUGAACAAUGCCAUCGACGAAAUCGGCUGGACCCCCAUGCAUAUGAAGCUUUUCUUCCUCAAUGGCUUUGGCUACGCAGCCGACUCCUUGAUUUUGCUGCUGCAAUCAGUCACUGCCGGUCAAGCCGCACUCGAAUUCAACCCUUCUUUUAGCAAUGGUCUUACCGUGGCUGCAUACUGUGGCAUGUUGAUCGGAGCCUUGUUUUGGGGAUUGAGUGCCGAUGUUAUUGGUCGUCGAUUUGCUUUCAAUGUCUCCCUGUUCAGCUGUUCAGUCUUUGCAAUAGUAGCGGGUGCUUCCCCGAACUGGUAUGCCCUAGGUGCCUUCACGGCGUUGGCAGCAUUCGGUUCCGGAGGCAACUUGAUUCUUGACACCACGGUGUUCCUGGAAUACCUCCCUGGCAACAUGCAAUGGCUUCUGACUCUCAUGGCUUGCUGGUGGGGCCUCGCACCGGUGGUCGCAGCGGCCUUUGCAUGGCCAUUUCUCUCAAUUUCCAAGUACAAUUGCACCAGCCACGCGACUUGCACGUAUGACAACAACAUGGGUUGGCGAUAUGUAUGGUACUCAAACGGAGCGUUAAUCUUGGUUCUCAGUAUCCUUCGUGUGACAGUCAUCCGACUCAAAGAGACGCCGAAAUACCUGCUGGCGAAGGGGCAAGACCAGGAAGUUGUCAACACUUUCCAGUCGAUUGCUGCCAAAUACAACAGGCCUUGCUCGCUCACUAUUGAGCAGCUCGACGCGUGUGGCCCUAUCAAAUCUACAUAUGGCAAAUCACGCUAUGGAUUCUCGGAGUUCCUGGCUCACCUGCGAGGCCUCUUCGCGACGAAGAAACUCGGAGUCUCUACUUGCUUGAUUUGGCUGUCGUGGACUUUGAUCGGACUCGCAUAUCCGCUGUUCUACGUCUUUCUGCCCCAGUUCCUCGAGAGUCGUGGCGCCCAGACAGGGCAAAGCGGCGCCUACUACACCUGGCGAAACUACAUGAUUACGAAUACGGUUGGCAUUUUUGGGCCGGUCCUUGCAGGGUUCAUGUGCAACUGGAAGUUCUUGGGACGAAGAUAUACCAUGGUGAUCGGCGCUUUGAUCUCCAUGGCCUUCUUCUUUGCGUACACCGCCGUGCGCACCCCGGCUCAGAAUAUCGGCUUCACAUGUGCCAUUUACUUCUUUGUCAACGUGUACUAUGGGACUCUCUACGCAUAUACUCCUGAGAGUUUGCCUUCUGCCCAUCGAGCUACAGGAAAUGGUAUCGCAGUCGGCUGCAAUCGGGUCAUGGGUCUCGUCAGUGCAUUUGUGGCGGCCUACUCCAACACCGCCACAAGUGCUCCGAUCUACAUCUGCGCCUCCCUCUACAUCGCCAUGGCGCUCGUGGCCGUUGUCAUGCCUUUCGAGCCUUAUGGAAAGAGAUCAAUGUAG